AUGGAUUCGCGGAAGCAACAUGAAUCAUUGUCUUUGGAAACCGAAGUAAUUCAUGUUGCAGAAUCGAUGCCAAAGUUGAUUUCCGACGAAGAUUCAAGUGCCAAUGUAGAGAAUGAAUCAAAAUCGAUGGAGAAGCAAGUGAUUAAAGAGGAAGCAGUUCUCUCUAUUAGCCAGAAUCAAUUCACGCCACGAAACAAAUUGUUUCACAACCAGGACGAUGGUAAGAAGGAUGAGCCUGAGGAGAAAGAAGAUGUAAAGAAGAAGGUUGAUUCAGAUUCAGAUGAAGAUGAAGAAAAGAAGGAUAACCAGAACAAAGAGAAUGUCAUCUCUAACAAGAAGAAAAAGAAGGGUCUUAAAGCCCCUGGAUUUCUCAAGACUGGAACAACUAUCGUUGGGUUGAUUUUCCAGCUGAAGAUAGACAUUGCUGAUUUCAUCAAUCAUCAAUCACAGUACUGCCGUCUCCUUCCCGGUUCAAGAUCCCUCACAGUAGCAGUUAACAGCUUACGUAACAAAGAACGAACUAAGAUCGAAGGACAACAUUUCAGGCGAAAGACCGAGCCCUCCUUCGUCGAGUGA